AUGCCCAAGAGAAAGGCUGAAGGGGAUGCUAAAGGAGAUGAAGCCAAGGUGAAGGAUGAAACACAGAGAAGAUCCGUGAGGUUGUCUGCCACACCUGCUCCUCCAAAGCCAGAGCCCAAGCCUAAAAAGGCCCCUGAGAAGGUACCCAAAGGGAAAAAGGGAAAAGCUGAUGCUGGCAAGGAGCAGAAUAACCCUACAGAAAAUGGAGUUGCCAAAAAAGACUAG